AUGCUGUUCCUGCCUUGGCCGAGCGGUCUUGUCAGAGCGUUAUGGGCAGCGGUGGCGACAGCGGGGUAUUUGUGUCCGACAGCAUUCGCCUCGGCAUACACCGAAGAAGUUCAAAUAGCGGGGCUCGAGGCCCUGUACUACGCAACCAAUGGGCAGGAUUGGGCCAACUCGACGGGGUGGUCAGAUGACUCGCUUGGCGUCUGCAGCUGGUACGGAGUCACGUGCGAUAGCGAAGGUGGUAACGUGACGGGCAUUUCGCUGUCCAACAACCUGUUGGUGGGCGACGUAUCCGAGGCGACCGACCUCACCAAUGUCAUCUCGCUCGAAGAAAUGGAUCUAUCCGACAACCAACUAUCUGGCCCGGUGCCGUUGAAUCUUGGGAUGAUGCCUAACAUGGAGACACUCGAUCUUUCUGGUAACGAGCUGUCAUACUUCCCGGCCGCAUGGGGAAGUGGUGCAUCGAUGCUACGGCACUUAUCGCUGCAGAACAACAGAAUAUCCGGCUCGUUUCCAGCUGCCUGGCUAAACGUGACCGACAGUUCUUCCUACCCACUGGUUCACCUUCAGCCUUCAUCACCAUGGCUACCGGAACUCCGGAGCCUGCUGCUCGGAGGAAACAAUAUGAAUGCCACAGGAUACGUUGCGCUGCAGGCAGUGGCCAACUGGAGAUCGCUCCAGACUCUGGACUUGAGCGACAACGCCCUGACCGGAUCCGUGGACGACGCUCUUGCUCUGUACUACUAUUGGUCGCCGCCACGAGUGGUAGAUACGGACAACAGGCGGAUAGACCUCCUUGACGUUUCCGACAACGGUAACUUUGUCGGAGAGGUCCCGGCUUCCUACUCGGAGCUGCUCAUUCUCUUCGCGGAAAACACCGGCCUUUCAGGCUUAGACUUGCCAGAUUUUAUCGACGCCACCACCACUACGGCAGCCGGUGCAUGGAAUGAGAAAUCGACCGUGCAUGACCUCUUUGUGUGCCCGGCUUUCAAGCCGUCAGCUGAUGAGAAUGUCGCAGCUGUCACGCUGGAUCAUGCCUAUGACGGGUACUCGGUCUGCACUUGCAACGACGGACUUCAAGGAUCGGGCGGUGACUCGGAGUGCUCGGAGUGCCCGCUGGGAUCGUACCGCAACUUGGAAAAAGAGGACGACCCCCUCGCAGAAGGCGUGUGUUCGCCGUGCCCGUCGAAUUCGACCACGAUGCAGAACGGCAGCUGGCUCAAGAGUCAGUGUGUUUGCGCGAUCAACUUUUACGACGAGCAGGGAGGAGCUGACUCCGAGCCGUCUUGCUUGGCGUGUCCCUCGGGGUCGAGAACGCUGACGGCCGGAGCCGUGAAUAUCGCGUCCUGUGAAUGUGAACCAGGGCGCAUCUUCAACACCACGAGUAGAGCUUGCGAGAGCUGCGUCGCCGGCACCUACAAACCUGCGUACGGAAAUCAUGUCGGGCUGUGCCUCCCGUGUUCGGCUGGGACAUACUCCGACACGGUCGGGGCCACGUCUCAGUACGAUUGCGAGGAGUGUCCUCUGGGGUUCUACGGAGGAUCGUACGGCUUGUCUUCGGUGACGGGAUGCGUGGAGUGUCCAGCUGGGACGUUCGGGGCCGUACAAGGCCUCUCCUCGGAGAGCAUGUGCACCGACUGCUGGCCCGGGUACUACUCGGGAAGCGUGGGAGCGAGCAGCUACGAGACCUGCAUCGAGUGCCCUUCGAACCAUUCGCAGCCGAUAGCCGGGGCGUCGUCGCUCUUAGACUGCAUUCCCUGCGAUGACAACCAGGUGGCCAACGAAGGAUCAGCUGAGUGCACGGAUGAGUUUUCCGAGGACGGCACGCUUAUCGGGCUGUACCUCCUGAUCGCAGGGAUAAUCUUGGUGGUGUUCACCCUCGUGGGGGUGUUCUUGCAGAAGCACUGCGGGGAUGCGAUACCGGUAAAGGAGAAGGUGCACAUGAAGCUGAACGAGGAGAUGAAAAGCUUCAUAUAUGGGCAACAGUUCUGGAUAAGUCUCUUCAGCGGCGUGGAGAUCAUGGACCUCAUGUCGGACCUCGGAGCGUACGCAUCGCUGCUCUACACAGCCGCGCUCACCGGCGCUAUGAAAGUGGUCUACACCAUCGUCGUGGCCUUUGCGCUGGUGGCCUCGCUCCACGGAGUUCACACCCGGGCCAUGAUCAUCCUCGACAUGCAGGAGUACUUGAGCCAUCACAUCGGCGUCCAGCGCCUGAUAAGUCUAAACUCCAUGAGGAUCAUCAUCGCCAUUUUCGAGGACGUGCCCUUCCUGGGUCUCAACAUGUACCUCCUCGUGACGCAGCCCGACCUCGCCAGCAAUCUCGUCUUCAUGAUGAGCUUCGUGAUGUCGAUAUUUGUCCUGGGGUAUAAGAUGACACUCCUGGAGAAGCACGCGAGGCUCCAGAUUCGGAAGUGGAACCUGGAGGCCAGGAUGGACACGGACACAAUGCUCAACAAGAAGGCAGCCAGGGGGAGGCGCUUCUCCUGGGCGUGUCAGCAGUGUGAGGACGAACACAUAUCCCCUGAAGCCCAGAAAGAAGCGACCCAAAAGGCCAAUGCGUUGAGUGCUGUCAGGGUGGCCAGCACCCGAAGCCCUGGUAGGUCGGUAACUUCAGGGGACAUUGGUCGGGGCAAAUCACCACCCUGGAGCAAGAGGGGCUCCGCCGAAUCAAGGGGCAGCAACACGCUCUCAAUGAGCAAUACCAACGCCGGCGACAGCAACGGUCACAAAGCUGCAGAAAAUGAGAGCACAGCGACGAACAAUGGCCGGACGGCGGCGGCGGUGACAACAGUAACAACGAGAAAAUCACCAACCGGUGACGAUGGUGGUCAGCACCACCAACCGGAAGAACAUGCGGCCGAGGGCGAUGCCACUGCCGGUGAUAAUAGCCGCAGUCGCCCCAGUAGCGCCACGUGGAGAAUAUUCAGAGGCAGCAAAGGUAACGGUGGGGACAAGAGCACCAGAGAAGAAGGCGGCGGCAACAACAAUAGACGGAGACGCGCCCGCAGAAACAAAAAAAUAUUGCCGUCCGAGGGUGGUUCCGACCCAGGCGCAAACGGUGGAGGAGAAGCGAUGACGGAUCCCCUGGUGCUCCCUACUCAGCAGUUGUCGACACACUUGGACGAAGAGGGACUAUGA